GUGCACCACCUGCCCAGAAACAUCUCCUGCUAUAACCAGUGCCUCCCACACCGGCCCUGCGGCCCAACCCCACUGGCCAACAGCUGCAGUAAGCCCUUGGCCGUGGUGGUGACACUGCCCGGACCCAUCCUCAGCUCCUUCCUGCAGAACACUGCUGUGGGAUCCUCCACCUCUGCGGCUGUUGGCAGCAUCCUCAGCUGUGAUGGAGUGCCCAUCUCCUCCUGGGGCUUUGACCUCUCCUGCAUUACCAGCUGCUACUGUGGCAGCAGAAAAUGUCCCCCUUGCUAA